AUGCAGAACAAUCAAAAAGAACAUCUGUACAAGAUCCUGGUUAUCGGGGAUUUAGGUGUGGGUAAAACGAGCAUCAUUAAAAGAUAUGUUCACCAAAACUACUCGACGAAUUACAGAGCGACUAUAGGAGUCGACUUCGCCUUGAAAGUUUUGAACUGGGAUUCGGAGACAGUCCGUCUUCAGUUGUGGGACAUCGCAGGCCAGGAGCGCUUUGGAAACAUGACCAGGGUCUACUACAGGGAGGCCAUGGGAGCCUUCAUCGUGUUUGAUAUCACUCGACCCACAACAUUUGAAGCAGUGACAAAGUGGAAGGAAGACUUGGACUCAAAAUUGACUCUAUCAAAUGGCAAGAACAUCGCCGCUGUGCUCCUUGCAAACAAGUGUGACCAGGGCAGAGACAUGCUGUUGAACAACGGCAUCAAAAUGGACCAAUUCUGUAAGGACAACGGAUUCGUGGGCUGGUUCGAGACAUCGGCUAAGGACAAUAUCAACAUUGACCAAGCUGCCAACUGCCUGGUGAAGUACAUCAUCGCCAGUGAGAACGACAUCCUCAAAUCGGUGGUGCCUGACACCAUUUCACCUCAGCUCAACUCAGCGAAGAAUAGCACAUGCUCAGCCUGCUUUAAAUCGUAG